CAUUCAGCUGUACCAUUCAAAAAAAGAAAAAAAGUUUGUCAUAUUUGAUAAGUAAGGAACAGAGUGUGAAAUGAGAAUCGAGUAAAAAAGCAAAGCAGUGUAAAGUGUAAACCAAAGUAAAGACUAAAGAGGCUCACAGUCACUUGACUGGGAAUAUUUCUUUUCAGGAAGAGGAAGACAAAGAGGUUUCAUUAGCAUUUAGCAUUAAGCAUUUUUUAUGGUGAUGGAGCGUAAAGGAAGUGAGAGCCCGGUUUCUGUCAGGCAGUGGAGCAGUGAAUCUAGCUCUCUUUCUUCACGUAAUGGCGCUGCUGGCCAUGCUCGCUCCUCCUCCCUAACUCUCACCGGAAACAAUGGAAUCUCAACCGUCAAGAGGAAUCAAAAUGUUGCCGCCAAAGCCGCCGCUCAGCGCCUCGCACAGGUCAUGGCUUCCCAGACCGCCGACGACGAUGAUGACGAGGACGACGACGAUCUCGGAUUUCGCUACACUGCUCCUCCACCUCUCUCUCUAUCCAGGAAUGCCAUCAAAUCUACCAGCAACAUCACCUCCCGCACUCGUAGAUCUCCCUCUCCUGCGUUACCUCAGAAUCCUGUGGUUCUGGAAGAAGCACCAGCAUCAGCGUCGUAUCUUCGUCCGGCUCCGGCACUAUCAUCGGCACCGGCACAAUCACCUACCGUGAAUAGACCACCGCUCAGCCUCAGGACUCCUACUCUGGCCGCAGCAGCAGCAGCUCCAGCUCCAGCUCCAGCUCCACUCGACCCUCUCAUUCGCUCCAAUAAGCCAAAGGAUAAAAGGUUUCCGUUUGACUCUGGCCUUGUUCAGCCAAAAGAUUCAGGAGGAAACCGUGAUGCUUCUGCACUUCUUGAUGAGGUUGAUAUGCUCCAGGAAGAGAAUGAAAGCAUUCUUGACAAGCUCAGAGUUGAGGAAGAGAGAUGCAAGGAAGCAGAGGCCAGAGUUAGGGAGCUUGAGAAACAGGUAGCUUCUCUUGGAGAAGGUGUAUCUUUGGAAGCUAAACUUUUGAGCAGAAAGGAAGCAGCAUUGCGCCAAAGAGAGGCUGCACUUAAAAAUGCCAAAGACUCUAAGGAUGGAAUUGGUAAGGAAAUCACAUCUCUGAAGGCUGCAGUUGAGAACGCAAAAGUUGAAGUGGCAGCUGCUGUGAGCCAGUUAAAUGGAGCUGAAUCUGAAGUGAAAGCUCUUCGGUCAAUGACACACAGAAUGAUAUUAACUCAGAAAGAAAUGGAGGAAGUUGUUCUUAAGAGGUGUUGGCUUGCUCGGUAUUGGGGUUUAGCUGCAAAAUAUGGCAUCUGUGCAGAUGUUGCAGUUUCAAAGUAUGAACUUUGGUCAUCAUUAGCCCCUCUUCCUUUUGAGGUUGUCCUUUCUGCAGGACAAAAAGCUAAGGAGGAAUGCUGGGAAAAAGGUGAUGAGGCCCCAGAUAAGAGGAGCAAACUUGUUCCAGACUUGAAUGAUCUUACUGGAGAAGGAAAUAUCGAGAGUAUGCUUUCAGUUGAAAUGGGACUGAAGGAGCUUGCAUCUUUAAAGGUUGAGGAUGCUAUUGUGCAAGUAUUAGCCCAACAACGUCAUCCAAGUUCUGCUCGACAAUCUGUCUCAGAUAUUAAAUCACCAGGGGACCCGAAGUUCAUGGAAGCCUUUGAAUUAAGUCCAGAGGAGUCUGAGGAUGUUCUUUUCAAGGAGGCUUGGCUUACAUAUUUUUGGAGAAGAGCAAAGGCUCAUGGUAUAGAGGAGGACAUUGCCAAAGAACGUCUUCAGUUUUGGAUUGGUCGAAGUGUGCAUUCUCCUACCUCGCAUGAUGCUGUUGACGUUGACCAAGGACUUUUGGAGCUCAGGAAACUGGGGAUUGAACAUCGACUCUGGGAAGCAUCCAGGAAAGAAGUUGAUCACGAAUAUACUAUUGCACCAAAAUUAACGACUUGACCUGAAAUUAAUGUUUAGUUAAUUUCCUUUGAUAGGUUUUUGACGUAUUAUAUAUACGAAUGUUGGAUUUAAUCUUCCACUUACAAAUUUGCCUCACACAAUGGUGUUCAAGCGAGUUUAUCCCAUGUCUAGCAUUAAGCUUUUUAACUAUUUUUAUAACACUUUUCAACAAAAUUUAGGAUCUUAUGACACUCUAGUGCAUUUCAUUUAGACAUUUACCCCUGUUUGGAUGAGGCAAAUAAUAUUGAUAGCCCGCAGAACAAUGAGAUAACAUGCAAUAAUAUUUUCAACCAAAACUGUGUCCAAUAUGAUGUUUAGGAAAGUUUUGGUUUUACAUGACUUUGAGCGAUUGUAGAAGCUCAGCAUGAAAUUUGUGUUGGUUAAGUUUGAGAUGGCAACAAGUCCUGGGUAUGGACGAACUUCAAUAAUGGAAAUAUGGUCCUCUUGCAUGCACCUUAAUGGAGCAUUGCUACAAUUUCAUGGAACAGCAACCAUUUCUCAUAUUC